UGUGAUGAAAUGGCGUUCAGACCCAAUUCGGCUACAGACUCUGACGCAAUGAUGGAGAAAUCGGACGACGAGCGCAGUCGAGAUGACAAUCAAGCAACAGAAGACAAUACAGAAGACAAUACAGAAAACAGCACUGAGCCCAAGCCACGAGAGCGGACAGCCACGGACGCCCCUGAUGGCAAAGACGAAGCAUUUCGAGUAUCAUUUGGGCAAGGUGACCCCGACGAUCCCCACAAUUUCUCGGAUUUCUACAAAGCAUGGAUAACAGCACUGCUUGGUUUCCUCGCACUCGCUGGAUCAGUCGGAAGCUCGAUCAUCUCUCCAGGAUCCGAUGAGAUUGUCGAGGAGUUCAACAUCUCUCAAGAAGUCGCCGUGUUGACUGUCAGUUUAUAUGUGCUCGGGUUUGCACUUGGUCCGAUGAUGUGGGCGCCGAUCAGCGAGGUAUACGGACGAAAGUGGAGUAUGCUACCAGCACUUGUAGGACUCGGUCUCUUCAGCAUCGGCUCAGCACUCAGCCAAAAUGCUCAGAGUCUCUUCAUCACGAGGUUCUUUGCAGGUCUGUUCGGAUCCGCACCCAUCAGCAAUGUCACUGCGGCUCUGGGAGAUAUGUACGCGCCACGAGCACGAGGCAUCGCAGUCACGUUCUACGCUGUGAUGGUCGUCGGAGGUCCGACUUUAGGACCCGUCAUCGGCAGCGCCAUCAUUAACAAUCCUUCUCUCGGCUGGCGCUGGACGGAAUGGGUCGAAUCCAUCUUCGUCGGCGUGAUCGUCAGCGUUGCCUUCUUUACACUUCCGGAAAUCUAUGGACCUUGCCUUCUCAAGCGCAAAGCUCGACAGAUGCGCAAGACAUCCGGCGACGAUCGAUACUGGCAUCCGCAAGAAUCGGAGCGCAUAAGGCUGAACAAUAUCAUCACCAAGUACUUCGCCCGUCCGUUGCGAAUGCUGGUCACAGAGCCAAUGGUGGCUUGUAUUGCGUCCUAUGCGUCGUUUGUUUAUGGAAUCUUAUACCUUUUCAUCCAAGUUGUGCCGAUUGUCUUCAGAGAGCAACGUGGCUACGGUCCGGUCGUGUCAACGCUUCCCUUCCUAGGACUUUUCGUUGGAGUAUGCCUUGCCGUGGGCAUCAACCUCGGGAACCAGGCUCAGUAUGGCAAAGCAAUGGCAAAGAAUGGUGGGCGAGCAGUGCCUGAAGCUCGUCUCCCGCCCGUCGUCAUCGGCGGCGUUCUAUUCUCCGCCGGCCUGUUCUGGUUCGGCUGGACCGCAGCACCGCGGUAUCAUUGGAGUUUGCCUACCGUAGCGUUAGGCUUCGUCGGUGCAGGCUUCAACACCAUAUUCCAGCAGUGUCUGAACUACCUCGUCGACACUUAUGGUCCCUAUGCUGCUAGCUCCACCGCUUCGAACACUUUCUUGCGAUCGAUCCUCGGCUGCGCUUUGCCUUUGGCGGCACGGCCGAUGUUCUUGAACCUGGGCAUUGGACCGGCGGCGAGUAUUCUGGGUGGUUUCUCAUGUCUGGGACUGCCGGUCCCUUUUCUGUUCAUGAAGUACGGCGAAAGACUCAGGCAGAAGUCAAACUUUGCGCCUGUGUAG